AUGCCUGCGCCACUUGCCAAAGGCCUCAUAAUCGCCGCGUCUGUCCUAGUCGCCGCUGGCAUUGCUAUCUACGAGAACCCUCAAGUUCGACAAUGGGUUGAUCAGUCUCGACGCAAGAUUGCCGUAGCCCUGCAUUCUCUCGGCGAUGACAUCCAGCCGCGCCGACCGAGCGAGUCGUCCGAUGACUUCGAAGAGAGGAAGAAAAGGCGGGAAGAGCUGACUAGGAUGAAUCGGAAUGAAUUGAUUAGACGGGCUCGUGAGGAAGGCAUAGCAGUCGACCUGGACGAGCUCGCCAUGAUUGGAACAGAGGAUGCUGCGCUCGCCGAGAGGAGGUCGCGUGCCAACAGAACUAAGAACUUCGAUGAGCUUGUUGGCAGCGAUGGCAUGCUUAGACAAGAAGCAACCACCACUGGCACUGAGAGAUCGGACGGUGGGUUGAGAAAGCGAGGUAUGGCUGGUUUCGCAGCUGGCACCGCCGCCGCAGCAGCCAUGUCGAACCCCUUCGCAGAUGAGAACGUUCUUUUCGACGUUGGCGACGACGACAACGAGGCCCCUUCACCCAAGCCUUUCAUCUAUGAGGAGCCUACAGACGGCUCGCGAUCUGCUACGCUUGAAGCUGGGACACCUCCCAUCGAAGCCCCUCGCGCGCCAACUUUCGAGACGCCUCUUAUCGACCUGGCCUCCGAACCUCAAUCUGUCUACCUGCACCCCGAAACUCACCUACCAUCUCCAAUCACGCCCCUGCAAACCUCUGAGGCCGAACAGGCUGCCCAGUCCUUCUACUCUUUCACCUCAUCCAGCGAGCAAGACGACCAAUUCGAAGAUAUGUCUGCCGGAACUCUUACACCCCGCUCUGAACGAUCAGCUACGACCGGUGCAUCUAUUGUGCCCAGCCAUGCCGAUGAUAUUGCGAUACUGAGCAUGCAAAACGAUGGGGACCACGACGCACGAUCCGAGGUGUUCUCCGAGAGUGGUUUUACGGAUGCUGAAUUUAGUGAUUUCGAACAAGGAGACAGGACUGGUGUCAUGACCCCCAACUCUUGGACAGAUGUCGGCAGUGACAAUGAGAGCGAGUGGGAUGGGCCACAGGGAAAUGGACAUGUGAGCCAGAUCCACCAGUAA